AUGGAUCUGGUGGCGAAAUACCCAAGCUAUAUUAGUCCUGCUAGGAUUAGAACACUUAUUGUACCCAUAGGUAAAUGGAAAAGAAAAGAUUUCAUAAGAGCUGUUAAUAAUAUUAAAGAAUAUUCGGAAAUUCGAUUAUUAGAUAUUACACCAGUUGAUAGUCCAUUAUUUACUCCACAAGGGUUCCCCAAUGGUAGAUUAUUAUUCGAUUUCGAUAUUAUAGGCCAUAACGAUUCUUCAGAAUUGUUUCUCUACGAUUUCCAACCUUUUAGGAAAACAUUUGUGAUAAUAGGACUAGUGAACAACGACAGUUCCAUAAACCAAAAUUUACAAACCCUUAAAGAAAAAUAUCCAACGGCAAUAUCAACAAAUCUUAUUUAUUCCAAUGGAUUUGAUGAUUCACUACCCCAAUCACUUCCAAAUGUUUUCUCUACAACAUUUCAAACUCCCAAAAAUUUAGAAACGAUUAUAUGUGAUAUUGGUCAUAAUUUUUUAGAGGCAUUAUCACAUUAUUAUUCAUCAUAUAAACAUGUAACAUUAAGAUCCCCAGGUGCCAUUGGGGGGAACUCUAUCUCAAAGACAAUUAUAAAUAGACAUGGCACUAACACCCUCGUGAAUCCAACAGAUACUCAAAAACCAACUUCAAAUUCUGUAAAACGUCUAUCAUCGUUCGAAAUAACUACAAACAGUAUCAAAAGAUCUGCAUCAUUAAAAUUAGCAAAUACUCUUUCAACGUCAGAUGGUAGAACUCAACAAAAAUCAAGAGGUAGGCAACUCAAGAUCUUAGGUAAUUUUCAACUAUUGGCAGGGAGAUACUCAGACGCAUUGACAAGUUUCACUGAGUCUGUAACUCUUUUAUAUAAGUUAAGAGAUUUCUUAUGGUUGGCUUCUGCAAUCGAUGGUAUUGCAAUCUGCUUUAUCUCGUUAAGUUAUUUGGAAAUCCCGUUUCAAGUCCCUGAGAUCAUAAACCUCUUAUGCCCAUUACAAACUGUUGAUACCGUAGUCAAUAAUAAACCUCAUAUACCGACAGCAAGCCCGAGUACCCAAAGUGCCCCAAGAACUAGCAUAUCAACAAUGCCAUCUCAAUUACAAUCCCCUAGAAAUUCUAUGAAUGUAACUGCUUCAUUUUUGGAUAUAGAUGUAACGACAAUUAAUUUACCACAUUUAGUGAGAAAGAUGGCCGAAAAAAUCUUAUAUUAUUAUGAACUUACAUUAAGCAAUAACAGUGAAUAUGUUCCAAGUACUGUGUAUUGCAAUUUUGUAUUAAAGACAUUAACAUUUAUGGUGGCAUGCCACAAUACUGAAAAUUUUUCACCUGAAACAUUAGAAAGAAUAGUUCAUCACCAAUUUGCAAAUAAACGAAAACCAUUUGAACUCGAUGAUGGUGAGAAAGAAUUUUCAAGAGAGGAUAUAUAUAUGUUUGCAAUUCGGUUAUUGGAAAUACAAUUGGAGAACAUACCAAUAGAGUCACAAGUUACACUAUACAUAACGCUGGCAUAUACUUUCAAAACACUUGGAUUCGAAAGGAAGCAAGCUCUUGUUUUACGAUUAUUACUCGCAGUAUUAAGCUCUUCAACUGAACAAAUAUUUUGGUCCGAAAACCAUAGAGCCAUUAUCGAAGAUAUUUUAGAUAUUUACGCAGUAAAUUCCAGGCACUCGGAGCUGCUUCAAUUAGAUGCUUCGGAAAGGACUUGGUUUAUAUUACAAAAGAACGCUUUAAAUCUAUGUCUUUCGAUUGUUAAAAAAUUCGAUGAUACCGAUCUAAUAUCUAAAUUGGCUCUGAAAUUGUUGUCAAAUUUUACACACAUGCUCACUGCAUCGGAACAAUCAUCAUUGUUUACUGACUAUAUCCAACCAUGUAUAUCCAUUGGAUCGAUAUGCAGCUAUUGGGACCCAUUUAUUAUAAGAAACUGUAGUUUUCAAAGACUAGAAUUUGAUGAACCUGGGGGACAAAGUGCUAAACUACCUAUAGAGGCUGCCAUUUCAGAUAUUAAUAAAUCCGUUAUAAAGGAUGCAGCUGAACAAAUAAAGACAGAUGAAGUCUUUAAUCCAUUUAAAAUUUCAAGUUCUAAGAAAGUUAAAUUUGCUCCUACAAAGGUAAGUGACAACAUAUUACUUGUUGGAGACAAAGCCGAAUUUACAUGUACCUUACAAAAUCCUUUUAAAUUUGAUUUAAAAAUCACAAAACUCCAAUUUCCACCAAGUAUCAUGGAAUAUUGUGAACUCAAGGACAUAUAUCUAAGUAAAACAAAUCCGUAUGUUAUAAAAGCUGAAUCUUUAAAAGAAAUAACAAUCCCUGUCAUCCUGAAAAAGGCCACAUCAAAUGACGGUUUUACAAUAGAUAGCUUAUCAUUAUCAGCAUUUGAGCUCCCACCGGAAGAGUUUAAAAUUGUAGAUUCUGAAAGACGUUUUCCAUUCUUAGAAGAUCAACUGAAUAAAGUACAAAAGGAUGAAAACUUAACUCCUGAUACUGAACAUUUUGCGAAUGAAAGGUGCAAAUAUGGAUCUUUAGAUAUAAAGAUUUUCCCAGAACAACCUCAGCUUCAGAUUAUGAAUAAGUCAAACAUAGCUGAAAACUCAAUAAUGAUUCUUGAUGGUACCAAAACAAAAAUUAUUAUAAAUAUAAGAAACAAAUCCUUAAACUGCCCAAUAGAUUAUAUAAUGUUUCAUUCUAUUACUAAUGUUGAAAAAGAGUUGAAAAGUGAUUAUUGGAAGAAAUAUAAACCCGAUGAAUUAUUUGAAGUAGAAAAGCAAUUAGAUAAGUUGAAAACCUGUGCCAUUAAGGUUUCAAAUGCACCAAAAAGUCUUAAACCAGGGGAAGAUGUACAAUUGGAAAUUGAGGUUGAUGUAACGCAUGCACCUUUUGAUUUUAAUGAAUUUGUUCUUUCAAUUAAAUAUGGUAUGACUGCUUCUGAUUCAAACCAUAUAUAUAUAAAAGAACUAGAAAUUCCGUAUGAAGUUACCAUCCAAAAGACAGUCGAAGUAGCCAAUUUAGAUAUCAUUCCAUUAAACGACAAUAUAUCAUAUGAUAAGUCAUCCGUAGAUUGGAUAGAGUUUGUUCAAACUAAAUUAGAAAAUGAUCCCAAUUGCAAUACUCAUGAUUUUGUUUUGCUACUCCUUGAUUUCAGAAACUCAUGGCUGGAUGGACUUAACCUGCAGGUUCAUUUUGAUGAUUUCCAGAGCAAGAAAUAUCUCAUUGAGGCUAACCACACCCUAAGAAUGAUCAUUCCAGUUAAGAAAAUAGAAUUUUUGAAGAAGGGCUUUGGUAACAAACAAAUUCCUCAUAUUGUUGAAGGGAGACAGUUUAUCCAGAGUGGCCUAAAUGUGAAACAAGAAUCAGAUUUAAGAGAAGCAUUUUGGUGCCGUGAAUACAUUCUUGAAAGAUUACAGUGCAAUUGGAACUUUUUCCAUGACAACAAUUUAAGUGGAUCAGUUGAUUUUAGAAAAUUCCUCGAGAAAUUUGAUUCCAAAAUGGUUUCCACUAUUUAUAAGGGAAAGUCUCUAUUUACUGUGAAACUCACAGCCGAUAACACAACCGUUAGUAUUGGUAGUAACAUCAAAUUGAGUGUACAUCUUGAAAAUACGAGGGAAAUUAUUACUGAUGAUAUUCCAUCCCAACGAAAACUUAAUAUUUGGAUAAUAGACCAAAAAACCUCGAAAAUAUUACCAAGAUCAAAUGGCAGAGUUCUGUAUAAUGGUACAUUAUCUAAAACGGUGUCUACUGACAAACCUUUUAGUACAAAGUUUGAUCUUCUUCCUGUCGAACCUGGCGUAUAUGAAAUAUGUGCGGCCGUUGCAAGAUUGGAUAAUCAGGACCCACUACUACAUUUUGAUUCAGAGAGUAUAAUAUUAACUGUGAAUUGA